GUGAAAUUAAGGUUAUGUUUUGUAUAGGUCUGAACUAACUGCUAAUAAGAGUACUUCUGGUAAUUUAACUAGAUUAAGCAUCUCCAAAAAUGAUACUAAACAACUGUGUAAUUGGAAAUUCUACACGUAUCUCAUGGAGAGUAUUUGAUGCACUCAUCAGGCAAUGCAGACAUAAUGAACUUUGGGCUACCAAACGAAAGAAGAAAACAUCUGUUGAUACUGCCAUUGAGUAUUUUGACACAGUUUACGGCCCUCUCUUUGAAAAAAGAUGGCCCUCAAUUCGCCUUGCCUUAUUGUCACCUCACAAAUAUUGUGCCGUUGUAAAUAAUUACAAUGAGCCUGAUAAAACAUGCACUGAAUUAGAAAAUAUAGGAGCCAUUAAUAUCCGAGAAAUGUUUAGGGUCCGUGAGGACUCUUUGUUAGAAAAAAAUAGCAUACGAAAAAGGAAAAGUGAUAUGAAUCGUAUCUACAACUUGGACAAAAAAAUAGAAAAAAUCGCUGCCAGAAAACAUGAAGAAGAGCUUCAAAACCUUUAUCCCGAAGGACAAGAUUAUCAACAGACCUUGGGAGGAGAUGAUUUCUCAAACAAAGAGGAGUCUCUCGACAAGAAAGAACUGAUUGCUAAAGCCAAAUCGUCAUUAGAGAAGAGCCUGGCGGAAGCAUCUAUAGACACCGACCGACAGAUUGAUCCUAGCGAGGGACUCUCCUCAACUAGGCUAAACGACUUUGUACCCACCUCAAGGUUGAAAGGAAAUGAGAAAUUUGUGUCGGAAUCUGAACACUUUGCGUUUUACAAUGAUACCAGAGAAUUUCCUGUGACGGUCGAACCAGAGACGGAACUCAGCUUCCCACCUCAUCUGCAGAUUUACACGUUCAACCACGGUGAUCUGUCAGAGUUUAGGCCACCAAAGUCUGGAGCAAGUGGAUUAUUAGAUUACUACUUGAUGGACGCUGCCUCCUUCCUGCCAGUCCUGGCACUGGGUCUCGAGCCAGGAGACCACGUCCUGGACAUGUGUGCUGCGCCGGGGGGAAAAUCACUCUUGUGUCUGCAAACACUUUAUCCAGAUAGUGUAUAUUGUAAUGAUGCAAGCCUAUCUCGUCUCAACAGAUUGAAGUUUGUGAUUAGACAAUAUUUUGGUGAUUUGGAUGCAAAAGUCACCAUAAACCAUGAAGAUGGACAAAAUAUAUUUGAGAACGGAAAGUUCACCAAGAUCUUGGUAGACGUUCCAUGCACCACAGACAGACAUUCUGCGACUGAAGUUGACAAUAACAUUUUUAAACCUUCAAGGAACAGAGAGAGGAUUUUGCUUCCUCAGACCCAAGUCGAUUUACUCUUUCAUGCCCUCAAGCUGGUCGAUGAGGGAGGAUGUGUGGUUUACUCCACUUGUUGUCUCAAUCCUGCGCAGAACGACGGAGUUGUACAGAUGGCUUUACGCAGAAUCUGGGAGGAAACCAACAUGAAGAUUGUUGUCAAAGACCUGAGUGCGGCUCUAGAACCUGCCAAAGUGGUUUUUCGUUUUGCCGAUGCAAACUGUUUGAGAUAUGGAUCUUUGGUUGUGCCAUACCUACCAUCUAACUUCGGACCUAUGUAUUUCUGCAAGCUGGAGAAGAAAAGCAAUAACUAACAAACUGUAAAAUAUUAGCUUUAAAAUAUGUCUAUGUCUGUAAAUAAAUAGAAUUUUGUAACUUU